AGUAGUGCUGCGCUAUAAUAUCACUGGUUCGCGGGGUUGGGUUUGUUGUUUGGCGUGUGCUGUGUUGUGCGUGAUAAAUAUACGAAGAUGCCAGAACUAAUUGAGGUAUCGAGUAAUCGUUGUUUCGGCGGGUAUCAGAAAGUAUUUUCUCAUGAGAGUUCCGAGCUGCGAUGUCAAAUGAACUUUGCGGUUUACCUACCACCUCAAUCGGAAGAACGUAGCCUGCCAGUCAUAUAUUGGUUAUCUGGUCUGACCUGUACGGAGCAGAACUUCAUUCAGAAGGCCGGUGCUCAGAGAUACGCAGCUGCACAUGGAGUAAUAAUAGUUUGUCCAGACACUAGCCCUCGGGGCGUGAAUUUGCCCGGAGAAGGUGACAGUUGGGAUUUUGGUAGUGGAGCUGGAUUUUAUGUUGACUCCGUGACGGAUCCAUGGCAAAAACACUACCGAAUGUAUUCUUAUGUCACAAAGGAACUCCCAGAUAUAAUAAAUACUAACUUCCCUGUGCUUGCAGAUAAAGUGUCUAUAAUGGGUCACAGCAUGGGUGGUCAUGGGGCACUGAUUUGUGCCCUGAAGAAUCCUGGUAAAUACCGCUCUGUAUCUGCAUUUGCACCCAUUUGCAACCCAAUAAAUUGUCCCUGGGGAAAGAAAGCAUUCACCGGCUAUUUGGGAGUGGGUAACAUUCUUGAGUGGCAAAGAUGGGAUGCAACUGAGCUAGUCAAAAACUAUGAUGGACCACCCCUUGACAUUCUAAUUGACCAGGGUGUGGAGGACCAGUUCCUGAAAGAAAAACAGCUGCUGCCUGAAAAUUUUGUUGCUGCUUGUCAGGAAUCACACACACCUGUAGUGCUCCAAAUGUGUGAUGGUUAUGAUCAUAGUUACUACUUCAUUGCUUCUUUCAUUGGUAGACACAUUGAAUUCCAUAUGAAACACCUCAAUGCAACAUCCACUCUUCUGUGAUUGUGAUUUGUUAUAAAUACAUUGUCCUGCUUGGCAAGCUCAAUUGGGAAACUUACACCAAGUAUAUCAUACUUAUUUUGCAGCAUGUGUGUGUAUUAUUUGGGCUGUAUACUGGUGAUUGCAACAAGUACAAGUACUAUUUUCUUUUCAUACUGCUCCUUUUCUUCCGUUAUCAACCUGCAUCCAAUCUCCACUCAUCUUCUCACAGUACGCCAGUCUAAAUUGAGGGCUGACCUCAGUAGUUAUUGAUAGUAGAAACAGCUAUUCAAUUACUAAAUAAGUGCUGUGUCUUCCUCCCUGGUUUCCAUUGUUAAUGUUUUCCCAUUUAUUUUGUACAGUGAUUUGUAUGCUCUGCCUAAGAGAUCCCAAAUACAGGAUUUCUGAUUCAAUACUAGUGAGCAAUGAGUGUCGUCAGUAACUAUUUUGUUGUACUGCAUUUAUGGUCUUGAGGGGCAUUUAUAGUCGAACAAUAAACACUGUAAGGUUAGGCUGUUACAACAAAAUUCUUCUUACUGUAUGAAAUAGUGUGUUCAAAUGACGUUUGUGUAAGAGAAGACAAUUUUCCUCUUCCAUUUGUAUAUUUUGUGGUAAAAACAAUAAAGAGAUUUAACUGCA